AUGGACCCCCAACAGUCUGCCCUCCCACUACAGCUGCACGGCAACAGUUUUGCAAUGAGGGCUGGACAAGAGCCAAAACUUAGCACUGGAUACAAAGAAGGAGAAGGAGAAGGAAGAGCAGGAGGAGGAGGAGGCCAAGUGGCUGAACUCCAUCUGCAAAACAUGACCUCCUCCGCUCGUGUCAGUUCCAGGUUGAACCCGGAUGAAGAGCCUCAGGUUCGCCGCCAUGCUGACAGCAUGCUGGACAUCCAGAGGACGAGCUGCAGUUUCCUCAACAUCUGCCACUCGGGGCUCAUCUUCCCCUGGAUGACUUCGAGAGCAACCGCCUCCAGACUGUCUGACGGAGGCGGGCGGAGGGCGAGGAGGGAGAGGACAGCCUUCACCAACAGGCAGCUGCUGGAGCUGGAGAAGGAGUUCCACUUCAGCCCCUACCUGUGUCGGCCCCGCAGGCUGGAGAUGGCAGCCGGGCUGAAGCUCACCGACCGCCAGGUCAAGAUCUGGUUUCAGAACCGCAGGAUGAGGUACAAGAAGGAGCACAAGUACGGGAGAGUCACAGGGUGGUCUCCCUGCAACCUGGCGUCCGGUUUGAACUCUUGUGCAGAAAGCCUGAAGACUCCAACUGCGUGCAUCAUCAGAACUUCCACCUGCUCAGAGCUGCACUCCGUGGAUUACUCUGCCAUGUCCUCCCUGUUUGGAUCUUUUGGCGACAGCAGCGGUGGUCAGAGUAUCCACCCUGCAGAAACGCCCCGUCUAAACUGCAUACUUCCAUCUGUUGAAAAUGGUCCACCACCCUCCUGCACGGGCGUAGAUAGUCAUCAUCAUCCUGGCAUUUCAAACUGGCCCUAGAGCCCCAUAAUGACCAUCCCUCCUGUGCUCAUCAAAAUCUCAAUGAUACAUCUACUUUCACUUACUUUUGAAAGGAUAGUCUGAUCAGCAUCCCUGGGCUCAAAUCCCCUUAAUGCACCCCUUUCACCACCACAAAACAUUUUAAUUAAGCUAUAUGAACACGUCUUAAUUAAA